GUGGAGCUAUUUGGGCCAAAAAGUCGUAUAAUAAGAAACAGCAAAUCCAAAUUUAGGCAAAGUUUUCUGAGCUGCGGAUUCGCCCUUCUUCCAUCCCUUUCUGCGGCGAAAUCUAAUUAGAGUGGACUUGUAGAGAAGAUCUCCACAAAGACAAAAUGGGUUAUACUAAGGAGCAAUUGCUUGCCCGUUUACAGGAACUUCAACUUGAUUUCACCAAACAUGAACACCCAGUGGUUUUGACAGUUGAAGCACAGGCAAAGCAUGUUGGGCAUCUGAAUGGGGCAUUGAGUAAAAACUUAUUCUUGAAGGAUAAGAAACACAGGUUCUAUGUUGUUUCUGCAAUGGCAAAAACCAAUGUAGAUUUGAAAGUUUUGUCUCAGAGGCUUGGUUUGGGAAAAGGAGGGUUAAGAAUGGCUCCUGAAGAAGCACUUGGAGAAGUACUUCAGGUGCCGCUUGGUUGUGUCACCCCUUUUGCACUUGUAAAUGAAUCAGCAAGGUGUGUUUCCUUGUUAUUGGAUCAGGGAUUUAAAACACAGGAAUGCUGCUUCUUCCACCCACUCUCAAAUGAUACAACAAUUGCUCUUAAUGCUCGCGGUCUUGAUAAGUUUCUGAGUUCCAUAGGAAAGCAACCAGUCUAUGUGGACCUUGAGGCUAAUCCUCCAGUAGGAAAGGAUCAACCUCCUGAUCUAGCGUCUCUUGUACCAUCUGAUGCAAUUGCCAUACCAGGUCAAUCAGACAAAGCAGCUCCUUCGCAAGUUUCUGACAUGAAUCAUGCCCCUGUCAAUAACAAGUCAACUGGAGGUACAGCUAAAGCAGUUAAGCCAUCAACUGAUGUGCGGAAGGAGAAACUAUCAAAUGCAGUUAGCUUAUCAAACUCGUUUGCUGAUCCCGAAAAAUAUGUUGAAGACUUUUUAGAGAGAACAUCAUCUCUUGUUCUUUCAGAGAUAACGGAGGAGAAUGUAAAGCAAUAUGGUGAGAUACUCGGUGAAGUCAUAUCAAAUACAAUUAGGAAAAAACUUGCAACAGAGCUAAAGAGCACAGCUACAAUGUUCAAGAACACUGCGUAUUCUGAAGGUUUUUCUGCUGGUACUCACCAACAAGCAAAGCGACUUUAAAACAUGUUAUUUGUCUUCCAUUUUCUUGUAUCCGAUGAAAAACUGAUGCCAUGAUCUUAUUCAAGUUAUGACCACAAUUCUAAGAGCAAUUUGCUCCUUGUACUUUGAGCAAAGUUGAAACAUGUUUCAAAGGAGAAAUACAUGUUUUCUUUUUUUAUAAAUUACUUGCAA